AUGGCCGGACCAACGAUUUGGGCUCUCACGGGAUCACCUACUGUAAAAAAACGGAAGUACAACUGGCGUUCCAAAGCUUAUCUAUGUCUCACACGACUGUAUUCUUCCAAAUUUAUUACAACUAAGGUUUCGCUAAAAUCGAUAUUUGAUGUUAAACGAGAAGAUUAUAUAUUCCGUGCCACACCAUUGACAUUUGAUCCAUCGAUCGUAGACAUUUUUAUUGGUUUAAGUUCUAGUGCAUGUUUAGUAACGUUUUCUAGCACAAUUCGUCAGAGUCCAAAAUUAGUUGCGGGUGUGCUCGCUGACAGUCGAUGCACAGUAGUACAGAUGACUCCCAGUUUUUAUCGACAAAUACGAGGCCAUUGUCUUUUAAAUUCUGUGCAAACACUUAUAUUUGGCGGCGAACAGUUCCCAUAUGCUGACAAAGAUUUAAUGAGUUUGAUUGAAAAUGGAAAAAAAUUAAUAAAUAUCUAUGGUAUUACGGAAAUGAGUUGUUGGGCUUCGUAUCAUUUUGUAACACUGGAAAAUCUUCGGACUGGACGAAUACCAAUUGGAGAACCGCUAAAUGACACAAAACUUACCAUCAAACCAAGUGAUGAUUGUUUGUCCUUUACAGAAAGCGAUACUCGUUGGACACAAACUGGAUUGCACAAUGACAAGCAGAUAUUUUCUUUUGCAACAAAUGAUAUUGUUGAACAUGAUAAUGGCUCUAUUUAUUAUGUUGGACGUAAAACGUUUACACAAAAACGAAUGGGAGUAAUGGUUAGCGUUGAAUAUAUAGAGAAGACAGCACUACAAUCAAAUCUCGUGUCAGAGUGUGGUGGAUUUUUCAAGGAGGAUGGAACUUUGAUAUUGUUAGGUUCUUUUACCACAGACGAUGGACCAUCGAAGUUGAGCGAGUAUUUACAGACACAUUUACCUCCUCAUUUUAUACCAAACAAAAUUAGACGUUCAUAUUCAAAUUUGCCAUUAAAUGAAAAUGGAAAAAUUGACCGUUCUCAAUUGGCUCGUCUGUAUUCUACUGAAACAGAUGAAUUUGGCUUAGAUAUACCACUAAUAAUUGAUACGAUUUGGAAAGAAAUACUACACAAAGAAUCUGAUAAUACAGCAAAUUUUAUUAGUGAUGGUGGAAAUUCACUUUUAGCAUUAACAUUUGUUGAAAAUUUACGUUCACAAUCAAAAACGAUUGAUUCAACGACAGCGCUCGAUAUUUUAUUACAUAAUACAAAAAAUGAUCUUGUCAACUAUCUAAAAAUGGGUAAACAGGUGGAAAAUAAUGUUUUGAAUGAACCAAAAGAUUAUGUUUCUAAAGAGAACAUUCAUCAAUUAGAUGAAAUAAUUUCGAUACAACGUUGUUCAAAAAUAUUUGUACAUAAUUAUGGUGAGAAAAUGUUCGAAUACUGUCUGAGUUUGAAAGAGCACGGAAUUGAUAUAAAGCACAAAAGAAUAACAAAAGCAACAACAAAAACAACUGAACUGCAGUUGAAAUGGAAAAGUUCACUUGAAAAAUGUAUUGAUGCCUCACCACUCAUUGUCAUUAUUAAUGAUAAACAACAACUUGUCAUCGUUGGUUCUCAUGCUCAUCUUCUAAAUGCAUAUGAAAUUGAAAAUGGAACAUUAAUUUGGUCUUUUAAAACAAAUGAUCGUAUAGAAGCUGGUGCUACCCUUUCUCGGACUGGUGAAUACGUUUUGGUGGGUGACUACAGUGGGAUGUUAUACAUAAUCGAUUGUCACUAUGGCCAAUUGUAUGGGACGUAUCAAUGUGGUGGAUUAAUAAAAACAAUUCCUUGUGCUCAUCGUUCAUUAGAUUUGGUUUAUGUUGGCUCACAUGAUCAUUAUUUACAUGCAAUAAAUAUCCAGAAUCGUAAUUCAACGUGUGUAUGGAAGUAUUUUUUGGACAGUAGUUGUGCCUCAUCACCGCCAUUGUCUGCCGAUGAUAGUUGUUUGUAUGUGGCAACAUUGAAAGGGGAAGUUUAUUCAUUGGAUGCAAAUACUGGUAUUUGUAAAUGGAAAUCGGCAGUAUCGAAACCAAUUUUUUCAUCAAUAUUAGUUUGGAAUGAACUUCUUAUAUUCGGUUGUGUUGAUCAGAAUAUUUACUGCUUGAAUGAGAAAACUGGCGAACAAAAAUGGUAUUUGUCAAUAGGCGGUCCAAUUUUUUCAUCUCCCAGUGCUGUAUAUGAUAUUACUUUGGAUCGUGUGCUUAUUACAUUCGGCUGUCAUGAUAAGAAAGUGUAUGCUGUGCAGAUUAUUCAUAAUCAACCACUCAUAGCAUGGGAACAUUCAUUUGAAUCGACUGUUUAUGCAUCUCUUUUUGGAUUUGAAAGACAUGACCAAUGGCUAACGAUUGCUGCAUCAACUGAUGGUUGUUUACAGAUAUUAGAUACUCAUACAGGAAAACAAUGUUUUGAACAACAAGAAAUUCGACUCCGGCGACCGUAUGGUACAUAA